CACCUACAGGCUGAUCUCUCCGCAGCAGGAAGGCGUCACGUGACCAGGGCAGGAAGCUGUUUCCUGCAGGUUUCUUGCCACCACUGGGCAGGAGUUUGGACGGUUUGGAGUAGAGCAUGUUGGGGUGUGUGGUCCUGCUCCUGGUCACUCUGUGUACCCAGGGAGGAAAUGGCGAGGAUGGACAGACACCGGGCCAUGUUUCCGUGGUGAUAGUGGGAGGGACAGGCGACCUGGCAAAGAAGUACCUGUGGCAGGGCUUUUUCCAUCUCUACGUCAACCACGUUAGCAGUGGAAACACAUUCUCCUUCUAUGGUGGAGGACUGACGCCUGCUGACAAGGCCAAGCCUGUCUUCUUUGAGAUCCUGAAGGCAGUGAACUGCCCGAAGGAUGUGUCACAGGAGCGCUGCGCUCUGCUGAAAGAGCAGUUCCUACGGCUCUCAGAGUAUCAACAGCUAAAGACCAUAGAGGAAUACCAAGAUCUGUCCAAGCACAUUGAGCAGCAGCUUCAACAAGAGGGACUUUCGGAGGCAGGGAGGCUCUUCUACCUCUCAGUGCCAGCGUUUGCGUAUGCAGACAUUGCAGAGAAAAUAAACAGCAGUUGCAGACCAACGAGUGGUGCGUGGUUGAGGGUAGUGCUGGAGAAACCUUUUGGACAUGACUUCAGGAGUGCUCAGGUGCUCGCGUCUCAGCUGGGGAGCUCCUUGAAGGAUGAAGAAAUGUACAGAAUUGACCAUUACCUGGGGAAGCAGGUGGUUGCAAAGAUUCUUCCAUUUAGGAUAGAGAACAAGAAGUUUCUGGAUCCUAUCUGGAACAAGCAUCACAUCGAGAGAGUGGAGAUUGUAUUAAAAGAGACCCUGGAUGUUAAAGGUCGUAUCCCUUUCUACGACCAGUAUGGGGUGAUCAGAGACGUGAUGCAGAACCACCUGACUGAAGUCAUGACCCUGUUGACCAUGAGGCUCCCCGUGAAUCUCAGCAGCAGUGAGGAAGUCCUUCAAAACAAGCUGCACAUCUUCAGCUCCAUUCUGCCUGUAGGAAAGAAUCAGGCUGUGAUCGGCCAGUAUCAAGAGUACACAACUCAGGUUCAGCAGGAGCUGAAUAAGACCAAAGAUCACAUCAGUAUCACACCUACAUUUGCUGCUGUAUUGGCACACAUCGAUGAGGCCCAGUUUGAAGGAGUCCCAAUUCUUUUGAUCUCAGGGAAGAAGUUGGAUGAACGGGUGGGAUAUGCACGCAUCGUUUUCAAGAAUGACAUCUUUUGUCUUCAGAACCACAACAGCAUUCACUGUAAGCCCAAACAGAUCGUUUUCUACUUUGGCCAUGGCAGCCUUCAAUAUCCCGCAAUCCUGGUGAGUAAGAAUUUAUUCAAGCCAGUUUCAAAAGACUCGGAGUGGAAAGAAGUGACAGAGCACAAGGACGUCAGCAUUCUAGGUUUGCCCAUUUCAGACUACUACGUGCAAAUUCCAACAGAGCAGCGGGAAGCUUAUUCAGAACUGAUCUCUUACAUUUUUGCCGGGCGUAAAGAUAGUUUCAUUAGUACUGAAAACCUGCUGGCUUCGUGGGGGAUGUGGACACCACUUCUCAGCAGCAUAGCCAGCUCAUUUCCACGCAUCUACCCCGGAGGAGCAGACAACGGAGACCUGCUGAAUGUCCGUUUGAUCGGGAAAGAGAUCAGCUACAACAGCGAGGUGGUGAUCAUCAACAACGAUCAGAUGGGUGGCACAUCAGCAAACGGUUUCCAGGUGAUGCAGGGUAAAUUUCGUGGCGCUGACUUGGUGUCUGCAUGGGCAGAGGAGCUGGUGGAGAGACUAGCUGCUGACUUGCAGGGAGCAGCCGAAAAGGCGGUGCUUGAGAGUGGUGUCUUCCAUCUCGCCCUCUCUGGCGGGUCGACUCCCCUCGCUUUGUUUCACCGGCUUGCCCUGCACCACUUCUCCUUUCCCUGGAGGGACACCCAUGUGUGGAUGGCGGAUGAGCGCUGCGUGCCAGUGACUGAAUUUGAGUCCAACUUCCAAAACCUGCAUGACCACCUUCUGCAGCAUGUGAGGAUACCCUACUACAACAUCCAUCCCAUGCCGGUGCAACUGAACGAGCGCCUCUGUGUGGAGGAGGACGGAGGACGCCUGUUGUAUGAGAAAGAGAUCAGGAAGUUGGUUAACGGCUCCAGCUUCCACUUUGUGCUACUCGGAGUCGGCUAUGACGGCCACACAGCCUCUCUGUUCCCUGGGAGUAAAACGGACAAGCAUGGGGAGAGUUUGGUGGCACUGACUGAGAGCCCCGUGAAGCCUCACCAGCGCAUGAGCUUAACUUUUAGCGCCAUUAACCGAGCCCACGAGGUGGCUCUUUUAGUGAUGGGCAAAGGGAAGCAUGAGCUGAUCACCCAGCUGAGCCGAGUGGAGGACAACCCUGAGAAAUGGCCCGUCACUGGGGUGAAGCCUUCAGAUGGCAGAUUGGUUUGGUAUCUAGACUAUGAUGCACUUCUAGGGUAGGAUUUUUAAUAGCUGUUUUCAUUGGACAGCUUUGUGGUGUAAAAUGGUGUACUAGCACUUACAAGUACCAGUUGUACAUGUAUGGGUUUAUUAAUCAGAAAUCAGAAAGGUUUACAAUGCUGACCUGUGUUUAAGCCUGUCACAGUUCUUAUAGAUUCAGACUUGAGCUCAUGACCCAGCAGAAAUGCAUCAUGGCUGUCAUUGCUUUAUUUGGCAGGGAAAAUGGAAAUGGAUAGCUGUUUUAAAAAAAACAGGCCUCUGUUGGGACUGCUGUAAAGUCAUCAUGUGAGGCUCCAAAAAUCCGGGGAUUUCCAACACACGAGUUGACCAGCACGAGAGAGUUUCCGCUGCAUUGCGGUGUGACAAUAACACAACUUUUAAUAUUCCUUUGAAUUGAAACCUAGAACCUCAAUCAAAUCUUUCUUUUUGCUUGAGAGUGAGAGUGUCUGAUGCAUAUUCAGAAUGUUUAAAGGAUUGUCAAAGGCCAAUUAUGUGGGAGAUGAGUGAAAAUCUCAAAUACAUUCACAAUUAAUUUAAAUAAACAUAUUGAGUAUACAUGUCCACAGUUUACAAAGAACACAGCAUAGAGCAGUUAAUGAAACACUGAUGCUGUAAAUGCUUCAAACUCAUUUUCAUUUGUGUAAAACCAAGAAUGUUCAUAUGAUCUCAGGUGAAUUUGUAAAAGGGCAGAAAUGCCGUUUAUAUUGUAAUUUUUAUCACUUGAUUGUAUGUUUUGUUACUAAAACAGGCUCAAACAGAUUACUUCGCUAAUAUAGAAUUGUUUUACAUGUUAAUACAACAAAUAAAACCAUUUUUUACUGAUAAAGUUAUGAUCAGAUGGACAGUUUUGAACAUCAUUUUGGUGCAUCACUUAUAAAAAGCACCUUCCUGACACACACACAUUCCUCUCACAAAAUAUGACACCUGUGAUCUUUAGGUGCUUUUUAAACAAGGGCAGCUAACUUCCAUUUCCAGUCGAUUCAUACUGCCUUAGAAUGAAAGUGCUACUGAGCUUCAUCAGUCGUGUUAUAGUGCCUGUUGGAUCCACCAUGAUGUGCAUUUCAGGAGACCCAAAACCAACAUCAUGGUAAUGUAGCUGUGUUUAUUCAUUCACUGAAUACUUUAUUAUGCACUGUAAUGUGGACACUUGUGACUCAGACUGUCUGUUUGCUACAGGACACUAAGCUAUGCUAUGUCUAUGCUACAUUAAAAAUGCUGUGAUUUUCUUUCCAUACCUAUAUAUCAUGUCUUUUCUUCAAGUUUGGUUUAUCAGAUGUGAACAUUUGGAUUUGGUUUGUGGUGGUACUACAUUAUAUGAAGAUUAAUAUAAACUAUAAGAGAAUUAAAUGGAUACUUGUUGACUUUUCAAAAUGCAGGAACAAGGUGCACUGACUGGAUUCUCCAGUUUUAUUUUUCCACAUUCAUCUUGACCAAAGCAGUUUAUAUGAAAGUUAUGAAUCAUUUUUUUUAGAAAACCAUGUUUACUUUUGGAUACUUCAACCUAAACAUCCUGAUUUAGUCAAUCUCAUUUAAUUCCUGUUGAUUUUCCUUCUAUUAUCUGUUAAAGGUAGCCUUACUUUUAGAAUGAGACCACAUCUAUAUUUGUAUGACUAUAAACUGAACCUGCUGUGUAUUUAACGGCACAUGAAACAAAUGUGAACCUUCCAGCAACAAAUAAAAAGGAAACCACUUCAACCAUUGAGACACA